AUUUUUGUUGUGUAGACUGCAGCCCCGUACUCACCUGCCUGUAGGUUUGCUGGGAUAUCAAGCCAUAAGUGUGGAGUUGGACCACAGUUUUCCCUUAAAGCUUGGCGUUUGAGGCUUUUUGUCCAGGACAAACAGAUAGGCAGCAAAGAACUCGGGAAUCUCAGGGCUGGUACCAGGAGCAGCCUGCAGCAUGUCUGGAUCUAUCCCGUUCUACCAGAAGCACCAUCGCCACUAUGACCGUGGCUACCGCAGCAAGGAGACAGAGUCUAAACUGAGCCAGUACCAGUCCAGCAGCAGAUACAUGGCUGGCAGCAGCACCUCCACCACCAGCAGGAGCAGGGGACUUAAAGUGUCUUCACAUUCUGGGCUGGAGGCGAGCAGACUGAGCCCUGUACCAAAGAGAGCCAAGCCAACUUACUUGGCAGUGGAUAAAGAGAACCAAAUCAUCGGCUAUGUAGUGCCUAUCUUCAGGGGCAGUCAAGAGUUUGCGACAGGAUUUUCGGAUACAGAGGAAGCCAGGGUGAGGGAAACUGCUGCAUACAUGGCUCGCAGGAAUUUGUUCACCAGUGGCCUGGAGAUGGAGAGGUCAGAGCAGAUCUCCAGGAAGGAGGCCAUGCGCGAGUCGGCCGAACGCAUCUCUCUGAACAAAAGGAUCCAUGAUCACGAGGAACACUUUAAGCGCAUGAACGAAGACAGCCUGAUGCAUCCACCGGAGUUUGUGAUUAAACCACGCUCCCACACUGUGUGGGAGAAGCAGUGUGUGCGGCUGCAUUGCACCGUCAGCGGCUGGCCCGACCCUCGAGUCGUCUGGUACAAAAACAAUGUGGCAAUCGACCCUCUUGCCAACCCUGGCAAGUAUAAACUUGAGGGCAAAUACAGCGUGCACUCACUGGAGAUUAACAGAUGUGAUUUUGAUGACACGGCGCAGUAUCGUGUCUCUGCCAUGAACUCCAAGGGAGAGCUGUCCGCAUUUGCUUCUAUCGUUGUUAAGAGGUUCAAAGGUGAAGUUGAUGAGUCCCUGCCAGCACCCAGACACGGCCCAGUGUCGGAGUAUGGCAUCAACUUCCAGACUCACAUUGUUGAUAAGUUUGGUGUAUCGUUUGGAAGAGAGGGCGAGACUAUGAGUCUGGGAUGUACGGUCAUCAUUUAUCCUGCCCUGCACCGCUACCAGCCAGAGAUCGAGUGGUACAGAGACGAUGUUCUGCUGUCUCCUUCAAAGUGGAACCACAUGCACUGGAGUGGAGACCGAGCCACACUGACGCUCACACACCUCAACAAAGAGGAUGAGGGGCUCUACACACUGCGUGUCACCACCAAAUCUGGCUAUGAGACCUACUCAGCCUAUGUGUUUGUCAGGGAUGCGGACGCUGAGGUUGAAGGAGCCCCCGGUGCCCCUCUGGAUGUGCGCUGUCUGGAUGCCAAUAAGGAUUACAUUAUUGUCACCUGGAAGCAGCCGGCUGUCGAUGGUGGUAACUCCAUCUUGGGCUACUUUGUGGACAGAUGUGAGGUUGGAACCACUCACUGGAUCCAGUGCAAUGACACUCCGGUGAAGUUUUCCCGUUUCCCCGUCACUGGCCUGGUGGAGGGCCGUUCCUACACCUUCCGUGUGCGUGCUGUCAACAAGAGCGGCAUGAGCCACCCUUCCCGAGUCUCUGAGCCGGUGGCCGCCAUGGACCCAGCUGACCGCGCCCGCAUGAGAGGUACCUCAGCUCCCUGGACCGGACAAAUCAUUGUCACAGAGGAGGAGCCUGCAGAGGGCAUCGUUCCUGGCAGACCUCUUGAGCUGCAGGUGACUGAAGCAACCAAGAACUAUGUGGUGCUGAGCUGGAAGCCACCUGGAGAUAAAGGCCUUGAGGGUGUCAUGUACUAUGUGGAAAAGUGUGUCUCAGGCACAGACAGCUGGCAGAGGGUGAACACAGAGAUCCCGGUCAAGUCUCCUCGCUUCGCGCUGUUCGACCUUGCCGAAGGGAAAUCCUACAGCUUCCGCGUCCGCUGCUGCAACUCGGCCGGCGUGGGCGAGCCGUCUGACCCAACCGAGGCCACCACUGUCGGCGACAAGCUCGAUAUCCCAUCUGCCCCGGGAAAAGUUAUCCCGACCAGAAACACAGACACAUCAGUCGUUGUGUCUUGGGAAGCGUCCCGCGAGGCCAAAGAGUUGGUUGGAUACUACAUCGAAGGGACUGUGGUGGGCAGCAAUGUGUGGGAGCCAUGCAACAACAAGCCUGUGAAUGCCACCAGGUUCAUCUGCCACGGUCUGAUGACAGGAGAGACAUGCGUGUUCAGGGUGAGGGCAGUGAACGCAGCAGGGCUCAGCCAGUUCUCCCAGGAGUCUGAGCCUGUGGAGGUGAAGGCUGCUAUAGCCUCCCCUGCUCCACCCUAUGGCAUCACUGUCCUGGAGUGUGUGCGCGACUCCAUGGUGCUGGCCUGGAAACAGCCAACUUUCAUCGGCGGUGCUGACAUCACCGGCUACUUUGUGGAUUAUCGCGAGGUCAUCGAUGGCGUGCCAGGGAAGUGGCAUGAGGCCAACGUCAAGGCUAUUAGCGAGAGGGCCUACAGGGUGUGUGAUCUGAAGGAGAACAGGAAGUACCAGUUCCAGGUGCGAGCAGCCAACAUGGCAGGUGUCGGCAUCCCGUCGCUGCCCAGUGACACCUUCCUGUGUGAGGAGUGGACCAUCGCAGUGCCAGGACCUCCUCAUGACCUGCAGAUAAGAGAGGUGCGCAGCGACUCUCUGGUGUUGCUAUGGAAACCGCCUGUGUACCAGGGCCGUGAUCCGGUCAACGGGUUCUACGUGGACAUCAAGGAGGCGGACGCACCAGAGGAGGCCUGGAGAGGCGUCAACAACAAGGCUGUGGAGAAGACGUACCUCAAGAUCAAGAAUCUGAAGGAAGCAGAGUCGUAUGUGUUCCGUGUGCGCGCUCAGAAUAAAGCCGGAGUUGGAAAAACGUCAGACGUGACAGAGCCGGUCCCAGCUGUGACCAAACCAGGCACCAAGGAGAUAGUUGUGGAUGUCGACGACGACGGUGUCAUCUCCCUGAACUUCGAAUGCUGUGACAUGACUCCAGACAGCAAAUUUGUGUGGUCCAAGAACUACGAGGAAAUGACAGACUCAUCCCGCCUGACCUUAGAGACCAAGGGAAACAAGUCCAAAGCUGUUUUCAAAACUCCUGGGGAGGAGGACAUUGGCAUUUACUCAUGUCUGGUCACCCACACUGAUGGUGCUUCAUCCAGCUAUACCCUCUCUGAGGAAGAGCUGAAGAGGCUGCUGGAGAUCAGUCACGACCACAAAUUUCCCAUUAUUCCCCUGAAGUCAGAGCUGGCUGUGGAGCUGCUGGAGAAGGGUAGAGUUCGCUUUUGGCUGCAGGCGGACAAGAUGUCAGCUAACAGCAAAGUGGAUUACGUCUUCAAUGAUAAUGUUCUCUCUCAGGGGGAGAAAUACAAGAUGAACUUCGACAGGAACACCGGCGUGAUUGAGAUGAUCAUGGAGUCUCUGACCCCGGCAGAUGAGGGCACCUUCACCUUCCAGCUGCAGGACGGGAAAGCCACCAACCAGUCCAGCUUGGUGCUGAUAGGAGACGUGUUCAAGCAGCUGCAGAAGGAAUCAGAGUUCCAGAGGAAAGAAUGGUUCAGAAAGCAAGGUCCUCACUUUAUCGAGUAUUUGGGUUAUGAGGUGACACCAGAGUGCUGCGUUGUGCUGAAAUGCAAGGUCGGCAACGUGAAGAAGGAGACCUCAGCCGUGUGGUACAAAGACGGACGCGAGAUCAAGGCAGACGAGCACCUCGGCUUCACCGAGGGGGUCCUGAAACUGGAAAUUGCUCAGCGCGACUCCCCCGCAGACACAGCAGACUGUGCCGACAGCCAAACCUGGAGAAGACUAAAAAUUUCCAAGAAAGACUCUGGUGUGUAUGAGGUUGUUCUGAAGGAUGACAGAGGAAAGGACACUUCCACGUUGAAUUUGACAGAUCAAGGUUUCAAAGACUUGAUGAACGAAGUUUUCAGUUUUAUCGCCAAUUCCUCCACUCCGCUGAAGAUCACAAGCACAGAGGAGGGCAUCCGACUCUACACCUUUGUCAGCUACUAUAACGAUUUACUCCAAGUGACAUGGCACUACAAGGAUUCAGCCAUCGCCUUCUCUGACCGUAUAAAGAGCGGUGUGGUGGGAGAGCAGCUGUGGCUGCAGAUCUCGCAGCCCACAGAGAAAGACAUGGGCAAAUACGCCAUCGAGUUCAACGACGGGAAAGGUGGCCUGAGGAGGACUGUUGAGCUGUCUGGUCAAGCUUUUGAUGACGCUUUUGCAGAAUUCCAGAGACUCAAAGCUGCUGCUAUUGCAGAGAGAAAUCGUGCUCGAGUAGCAGGAGGCCUGCCUGAUGUGGUCACCAUACAGGAGGGCAAGGCCCUCAAUCUCACCUGCAACAUUUCCGGCGACCCCGUGCCAGAGGUCACCUGGCUGAAGAACGACAGGGAGAUCACGUCGGACGACCACUGCAUCCUCAAGUUCGAGUCGGGCAAGUUUGCCAGCUUCACCAUCACCGGUGUGAACACGUCGGACUCUGGCAAGUACAGCAUCCUGGUGAAGAACAAGUACGGCACAGAGAGCGGGGACUUCACCGUAAGUGUCUUCAUCCCCGAUGAGGCGGGCGGCAAGAAAAAAUAAAAGCGGUCCAAAUCUUGUCGUAAAUAUGUAUAAAUGAAAAACGCUGGAAACAGUUAAAGGAGGAGAAAGGCUUGAGGAUGUGUUAGAUGUUUUGUGCAUAUUAUAAAGUCUAGAGGUGCUGAAUCUGAAAUGAAACGUCCAAGACUUUAGAGAGAAAUCCAGUGUGGUUAUGAUCUGUGAGUUAAAAUCACCAUUAAUAUGUACUCAUUUGGUCCAAUAGUAACAAAUCUGACUCAGAGUAAAAAGGUGUUUGUGACAUCAUGUCCAAUCAGAAAUGUCACUGGUGCAAUAUUAGUUUUUGUUUGUGUAAAGCUGUAGCAAAUUAAUUUUAGUCUGUUUGCCUUAGAGGACAAAAUAAAACAUUACUUGACAGUGAUGAAGCCAAAGAUAUUAGUUUAGGUCAUGUUGAAAAGAAGUCAUUAAAUCAGUAAAGAAUAGCCAUUCAAAAGCUGAAUGAUGUUCUUCCAUGUUUUAGCCUAUUUGCUACAAAUGAUGCAUACUUCACUGCCAACCAGUUACAAACACACUCAAUAACAUGAGAUUGAUCCCAGCUUGUCUGUCAGGCAGCCAAUUAUUUUAGUCCAUAUUAUUAAUAUAUGGAAACAAUUUGCAGAGACUUGAAACAUGCUUGAGAUGCAGAACGUCUUCAUUUCUUUAGAUCCUGUAGGCCUCCGCUGUUUCAGCUGAAUUACCAAGUCACAUAACUCUGCAGUUGAUAAUUCUCUUAGUCCUGCCACCGUUAGCUCCUGUAGCUUCACCUGUCAAGCCUUCUGCAUUCAAUAGCAAUGGCAGAUUUCCCACUAAAAUGUUGAGUUAUUAUAUAUUUUUUUUACUUAUAUUUCAGAUGGGGGCAGACAAAAGCAGGCUUCUAAGUUCUGGAUUUAAUCAGCUAUGGCGAGUUAGCUAAUUAAGCUAAUGUAAGAUCUAUGAGUUGGUUGAAGACUGACUUUUUAUAAAGAAGUUUGCUUUCUGUUUGUACUUCCAAACUGUAUGUUUUCGCUUUUAACAUUACAGGAGAAAAGAGUUUUAGGAUGAGGACUAGCCAAUGUAUGUGGCAAAUAUUAACACUCGCUCUUCCCAAAGCUAGCAACAAGCGGGACAGAGCGGCUGACGUUACCCAAAGCUUUGCUAGCAUCGGUGACCUGUGUUGAGUGGAGAUAUACUACAUAGUGGAUAUUCUUGACGUGAAAUGGGCUUUUUAAACAUGCCGUAGACCCCAACAACUAGUUUUGACACCUCUGCGCCUUGGGAGUAAUGGGCCACGUAACUGCUGUAGCUAGUAAGCUUAACAUGCUAACGAUCGCAGCUUACGUCGGGGCAGACAAACAUCCGGUUUAUCCUGUUGCUCGCACUUUAGUUUUUGUGGUUUUGGUUUUUGGAAAGGUUAAGUAAAGAAACGCCCACCUCGAAAAUAUCUUUAAAUGCACCUAAAGGCUCACUUUGGAAAAUAAAGCAGUAGAAGUACACAAAAUGUGUUGCAAAGGGGCUAAAACAUUGUGCCAUUUCAUCAAAUUUUACAUGUGGUCCUGUUUUAUUGUUAUUCACAAGCGUUUGAAUGUUGUGAUCAUGACAUCACCUCCAUUGUCUCCCUGUCUGUAGUGAAUACUUUAUGUUUGCCCAUUGUCAUUAUUGUCGUUCACAACUUUUAUCCCCUUCACAGUCCAUCAUUAAUGAUUAUGAUACCUCCUUUAUUCGUGAUUAUGCUGAUGACUAUGCCACUGUAAUGAAGACUGUUAGAUCACUUUGCCUCACUUCCUACUCCCCUGUUUCUUGGUGAGACUAAUAAAAACGAGCAUGUAU